CUCCUUGGUAAAAGGUGUUUCUAUGUUAUAUUAAUAAUUGAUCUAAUAUUUUAAACUUAGUUUCUGUAACACUGUAGCCUAGACUAAACCAUAUAAAUAUGAUGAUUGAAACUAUUAAAGUAAUAUCUAUUUUGUCUGCACCAUUUAUCAUGGAGAAGAGAGGUGCUGAUUCAUUGAAAGGAAUUGAUCGAUAUGAGGGAUUUAAUGUAGACUUAGCCAAUGCUUUGAUGGAGGCAACUAACAACACUUUGAAAUUUAACUUGGAGAUUUGGCACAGCUACAGCUCAGCUAUAGAUCUAAUUCUGAAUGGUUCUGCAGACUUACUCUUAGCAGAUUUUUCCAUCUUAGCCGAAAGAUCAAAGAAAGGGAUAGAGUUUUCAAUGCCGUUCAUGACUGUUGGUCAUACCUUGAUGGGAAGAAAAGCUGAGACAUUAAAGGAGAAUGGAUUUUACUUCCUGAAUCCUGUGAGUCCUGAAGUUUGGUUGAGUGUUGGAAUAUCUUAUCUAGCUGUCUCUAUUCUACUCUACAUCAUUGCAAGACUUUCUCCAUCAGAGCAAAUAUAUCCUGAGAAUGAAACAAAACUGACAUUCUUGAACUCUUUCUGGUUUUCAUUGGCUGCUCUGGUAGGACAAGGGUCUGAAGUUAUACCACGGUCAUUUUCAAGCCGAAUACUUGUUGCCUGUUGGUGGGGCUUUAUACUGAUUAUUGUCAACUCCUACACUGCAAACUUGGCGGCUUUUCAAACUGUAGCAAGACUUGACAUUCCAAUAGGAUCUCUGAAAGAUUUGGUAAACCAAAAUGCAGUUGACUUUGACUGUAAAAAAAAUGGGGGCGUAGAAGCCUAUUUAAAGUCUUCAAAAAACCCAUUGCAGAGACAAGUGUAUAAUCAGAUACAACAGAGACAAAACAGGAUGUCCAGAAAUUCAGAAUUAAUAGAAAAAGUUCGGAGAGGGGGAUUUAUAUUUAUUUCUGGAAGUGCAUUAGUAAAAUAUACAAUUCAAGACGAUUGUAGCUUGGAACAGAUUGGAGAAGUGUUUAAUACAAACAACUAUGGGCUGGUAUUCAGACCAGAUUUCAAAUACAAGCAAGUUAUGAAUACAGCCAUUCUAGGAAGAAAAUUAAUAACAAUAUUUAAAGAUCAUAACAAAACCAAUUGCAAUUGUGUAAAUACAUUUUAAAGUUUUUUUCCUUCUUAAAUAUUAGAUAGAUAAAAUGUUGAGACACAAAAAAAGGACAAGAUGUCAGAGAACACACAAAUAUUUUAAUAAGU